UUCAUGCAAGCUAGCCUCAUCUGACACCUGUGGUGUUUAUCUAUCGCAUCACUGCACUUUUGGAAAUGAGUGUUUGAUUUUUCAUCAUCUACUUUUUAUCCAACUCUAAUUUCUCAACGUAUUCGCGUGUCGUACUGAAAGAUGGACAACGGAAAGAGAUUGAUCGCUGUUAAAAGGGUCUUUUGAAAGGCUCUUUAGGGCACAGAUUAAAGUCCAGCGUCAUUUGCAACAUUUUUGCUUCGUAAACGAAGAUGAGAAGACCAAGAACUUCAGAUAUUCAUGACUAGAAGCAAGCAGUUCCAUCAUGGGAUGUGGCACAUCCAUUGCCGUUGAAAACCAAACACGCCCCUCGGAAACGGAUGGCUCCAUCAAGCAGCCCAGCCCAGCUCUGACCAUAAAAGCUGCCAUACUGAUCCAGCGUUGGUACAGACGCUAUGUUGCUCGUCUGGAGAUGAGAAGACGCUAUACGUGGAACAUCUUUCAGUCCAUUGAGUAUGCAGGGGAACAGGACCAGCUACAGCUCUCCAGUUUCUUCAGUUUCAUGUUGGACAACUUCACACAGAUGAAUGGGAAUGGACCAGACUUGAUCUCUCACCUCCUGGACUCUGUGGUUGACCCGCUAACUGAGGAGGUCAGGCAGUUGAAGUACGAGCAGAUUGUCGUGCCGGAAUCGUACAGCGGUCCUCGUCUCUCCUUCCCGCUGAGCGUGACUGAUACCAAUGCCCUGCUCAGCGCCUUUAAAGAGGAGCAGACUCUUCAUGGCAAAUAUGUGCUGCAGCUACUGUAUGAAACAAAGAAGUUCUUGAAACAGAUGCCAAACGUCAUAUACCUGUCGACAUCCUAUGCCAAAGAGAUAACUAUAUGUGGCGAUCUGCAUGGUAGACUGGAUGACUUACUGCUUAUAUUUUACAAGAACGGUCUGCCCUCUGCGGAGAACCCUUACAUAUUCAAUGGAGACUUUGUGGAUCGAGGAAAGAAAUCGACAGAGAUUAUCAUUAUUCUGUUUGCCUUCCUACUGCUCUACCCCGACCACAUGCAUCUUAACAGAGGCAACCAUGAAGACCACAUCAUGAAUCUCAGAUACGGAUUCACCAAAGAAGUCAUGCAGAAGUAUAAGACUCAUGGCAGGGAAAUCCUCCAGCUUCUUCAGGAUGUGUUCAGCCUGCUUCCCCUUGCAACUGUCAUCGACAACAAAGUGCUUAUUGUUCACGGUGGCAUAUCGGACAAAACUGAUCUGGACUUUCUGAGCACUGUUGAAAGGCAUAAAGUUAAGUCUGCACUCAGGUUUCCCAAACGUAGCAUUGAUCAUCUCAACGUCCGUGCCUGCACUCGCAGCAGCAGCAGACACAGCGGCAGAUCCAAGUUAGACAGCCCUUGCUCCUCUGGCCGUACCAGUCGUGCCUCCCGCAGAAGGAAGAAGCACCUCACCAAGCAGGGGAGCUGCUCCUCUUCCUCAUCAUCUUCAUCCUCCUCAUCAUCCGUGUGCUCCCCUCGGGUCUCGUCGCGGAACACUCCACGUCGACCUCCGCCGUCCCCCAGUCUGCCAAGCCCCACCGACGUGCUCCAAGUGCCUUUCCUGGACUCCUUCGUCUCCUUAGAGCCCCCCGAGCCACCCAGAGAAGAACUGGAAUGGCAGCAAGUUGUUGAUAUCUUGUGGAGUGACCCUAAAAAUCAAAACGGCUGCAGUCCGAACUCUUUUCGCGGUGGAGGCUGUUACUUUGGGCCGGACGUGACUCAGACUCUACUGCAGAAACAUGGCCUCUGUCUGCUCAUCAGAUCACAUGAAUGUAAACAGGAGGGCUAUGAGCUUUGCCACAGUGGACAGGUUAUCACCAUUUUCUCUGCAUCUAAUUACUAUGAAGAGGGUAGUAACCGUGGGGCGUACGUCAAACUAGGGCCUGAAUUGGUCCCACGCUUCUUCCAGUAUCAAGUCAGUCGGAGCACCAGAAAACUCACACUUCAUCAAAGGGUUCGGGUAGCAGAAGGUUCAGCACUCAGGGCUCUAAAGGAAAAGCUGUAUGCUCACCGCUCUGAGCUAAUGGCUGCCUUUCAACAGUAUGACAUAGACAACACAGGUCGCAUCUCCACUAGCGAGUGGGCACAGGUGGUGGAGUCUGUUCUGCGAUUGGAUCUGCCAUGGAGAACCCUGCGCCCACGCCUGGCCCGUCUUGGUGCAGAUGGCAAUGUAGAGUAUGAAUCCUGCUUUGAGGACAUCAGCCCUGGAGACCCCAUUCCUCCGGUAACACCAAACUUGGCUGAAACUCUUUAUAGAUAUAGAACUGACCUAGAGAUAAUAUUUAACAUCAUCGAUAAGGAUCACUCAGGUCAGAUCUCAAUUGAGGAGUUUCGUCAGACAUGGAAGCUCUUCAGUUCUCAUUUGGGGGUGGCUGUGAAUGACCAGACGAUUGACGAUAUGGCUCGAAGCAUAGACUUUAACAAGGAUGGCAGCAUUGAUUUUAAUGAGUUCCUGGAGGCUUUCAGGGUGGUGCAUAAACUUGACGUCAAAGAGCAGCAGCAGGGUUAAUUCUGGAUGAGCAGAUUACAGAAAAGGCAGAUUUACAAAUCAUGUUUGGCUCUUCAUCUU